AUGCCACAUCAAGGUACCAGAUUACUUGGAUAUUCGCCUCAAAGAGAUAAAGUUAGUCACGAAAGAAAUAUUAAAUCGCCUUCCAGAAGUUCGGGGAGUUACAGGAAAUCACCCACCUCUCACUUGGACCACUCAAAACCCAAGCCGAGGUACCACUCGCCUAUAAACGAUUCAUUUUCUAGACCUCGACAUUCUCCGGAAAAAGAUAGGAACAGUUAUAGUCAGAGACCGUUCUCAAAAGGUCCUGAUAACUAUGAACCUCCGUAUUUUUCACAUAAAGUAGACAGGCGUAAUUCGCCUCAAACUAAUAGAGAUAGAUACUAUUCUUCUCCAUUACAUCACAUAGAUCGUUGCCAGGAAGAUUAUGCAAGAGCAAAUCAAAAUAAUUUAUCCAAGGAUAUUGAUAAUCAGUACAGUUAUCAUCAGCAAAACCACCAACCGUCGGACUUUUCUUAUAGUUCGUUUCCCAAAGAACCCAGACCGCGAUCGCCUUUUGAAAAGGAUAGGUAUAUUUCACCGCCGAGAGGCACCGAAUUCUCGAGAAGAUCAGAAGAAAGGAAACCGCUAUACAGGGAAAAUAGGAAAAGUCCACCGCCGAGGUAUAAUGCUAGACAAAUUUCACCUCGCAGGAACUUCAGGCAGAACUAUGAUGAUAGGGAAAAUAGGCGUCGGUCUCCAGUGAACAAUAGCUAUAAAAAAUAUUCAGUAAGAGACUCAAGGAGGUAUUAAUUAAUAUAACUAAUCAUAGGUGUAAGCAAAUGUAAUUUCCAAGAUGAAUUAGAGUGAUAUGAAAAGUAAAAUCAUGUUCUCAGUA